CGACAACCGGUGGUGCAGCUGUUCACACAGAAGUGACGAAAAGAAUUUGGAUUUCGAUUUGUGUGAUUAGUCUGAGUUUUUAUGUGAAAAAUGCCAAAAGCAAAACGUGUAAGUGCAGCAAAUACCGAGCAUUAGAACAUACCUCAUUUGGCCGUACAAUUUCACCCUGAAAAUUGUAGUUUUCCUUUUAAUUUGUGGCUUUUUUUUCGCAAAAAAUGGCUAGCAAGACGAAAGGAUUCACUUUUGAUGAUGAUGAGGACAUUGACGAGUCGUCCGGAUCGGAUUUUGAUGAUGAUGAGGACCCCGAUAAGAUUGAGGUUCCAGGCGGUGGAAAAGAUCUGGAAACUGCGGUGAUUUAUGCAAAAAACAUCCAAAAGGGGCACACGGAAAAUGCUACGGUUACAUCACAAUCAUCCAAUGCGGCUGCAGGUGCAGCGACAGCGCGUAUCAAGGCGGAGAGCAAAAUUGGAGGAGGAUCAAAGGGUUCUGCUGCUGCCCAUGGCUAUGAUAUCAUAAAGCCAAACGCAUCAGGAAUGCCCUACACCAUGGGCUCAAGUGGUGGAAUGAUGGGCGGCAUGGGAGGAAUGGGUGGCGGAAUGUCCAGCUACUAUCCCGGGAGCAGCAUGGCAGCGUCAAUUUUGGCGCAGAGUAAGUCUCAAAAUACAAAUAAAAUGGAAAUGGCUGGAUUUGGCUUUGGUGGCAUGGGUGGUGGAUCGUCGGGGACGAAGAAUGCAAGCGGACAGAAUCCCAUGUCAAAUCUCAAUCAAUUUAUGCUGCAGAAUUUGAGUAAUCUCAUCGCGGCAAAUCCCAGCUUCCUCACCGGCGGCAUCCCCAAUCAACUUCUAUCGCAAAUGUGGUUCGCAGAGCAGGCAAAGCAAAUGCCGCCACAAGUGCAGGAGGAGGAGGAGGCUGAAGAUGAGGAAAUGGGUGUUGCAGAGACUUAUGCCGAUUAUAUGCCAGCUAAAUUAAAACUGGGCAAAAAGCACCCGGAUCCCGUUGUUGAGACGGCAUCCCUGUCCUCAGUGGAACCAGCAGACGUGACAUAUAAACUCUCCAUUCCCGAUGAUGUGAUUGAAAGUGGUUUGCUGAGUGCAUUGCAACUUGAAUCAAUCACUUAUGCAUCUCAGGCGCAUGCCCACAUCCUUCCCGAUGGCUCCAGGGCGGGCUUCCUCAUUGGCGAUGGUGCGGGAGUGGGUAAAGGUCGUACAAUUGCGGGGAUAAUCUUUGAGAAUUACUUGAAGGGGCGCAAGAGAUCGCUGUGGAUCUCCGUGUCGAAUGAUCUCAAAUACGAUGCAAUUCGCGAUCUCAGAGAUAUUGGUGCCCACAAGAUUGAUGUGUAUGCGCUGAAUAAGUUUAAAUACGCCAAGAUAUCGUCAAGUGUGAAUAACAAUGUGAAGAAGGGGGUGAUUUUUAGUACGUACUCAGCCCUUAUUGGGGAAUCCCAGAGCACAGGUGGGAAGUACAAGUCGCGCCUAAAGCAAUUGCUGCAUUGGUGUGGGGAGGACUUUGAUGGGGUCAUUGUGUUCGAUGAGUGUCACAAGGCGAAGAAUUUGUGCCCCGUGGGCUCGAGUAAGCCCACAAAGACGGGCUUGACGGCGCUUGAGUUGCAGAAUAAAUUGCCCAAAGCACGGGUGGUGUAUGCCUCGGCAACGGGGGCGUCUGAGCCACGAAAUAUGGCUUAUAUGGUGAGAUUGGGAAUGUGGGGAGCUGGGACGACAUUCAGCAACUUCAAUGAUUUCAUUUCGGCCGUUGAGAAGCGCGGUGUGGGUGCCAUGGAGGUCGUGGCAAUGGAUAUGAAGCUCCGUGGGAUGUACAUUGCAAGGCAGCUCAGCUUCCACGGGGUUACGUUCAAAAUUGAAGAGGUGCCCCUUUCCAAGGAAUUCCAGAAGGUCUAUGAUCAAUCUGUGGAAUUGUGGGUGGAGGCAAUGCAAAAAUUCACAGAAGCCGCAGAGCUAAUUGAUGCUGAGAGUCGAAUGAAGAAGACAAUGUGGGGGCAAUUUUGGUCAGCACAUCAGCGCUUCUUCAAAUACUUGUGCAUAGCAUCGAAGGUGAAUCAUGCGGUUGUUGUGGCACGAGAGGCUAUCAAGUAUGGGAAGUGUGUUGUCAUUGGGUUGCAAUCAACCGGAGAGGCGCGUACCCUUGAGCAGUUGGAGCGUGAUGAUGGGGAACUUUCGGAUUUUGUAUCAACGGCCAAGGGGGUAUUUCAGUCGCUUGUUGAGAAGCACUUCCCGGCGCCCGAUCGUAGUCGCAUUCAGCGCCUUUUGGGCAUUGAGGCACCACCGAAGAAGACAACGUUGCAAAUGAUAAUGGAUGAUGAGCCCCAGGCAUCGAGUACAACGGCAUCGAGUGGGGUGUCAAAGAGAAAAUCCUCCCGGCAGGCGGCGCAGAAGAAUAAGCGCUUCCGGAAGAAUUCGUCAGAUGCAUCAGAUGAUUCCGAUAGGGAGGCACAGAGUGAUGAUUCCUUCAAGAUGUCCGGGAGUGAAUCGGAGGAGAGUGUCCCCGCGUCUGAUGACUACCAGAGUUCGGAUUUUAAUCCAUUUGAUUCGCAUUCGGAUUCCGAUGCAGAGCCCUGGGUGGGGAGGCAGCAGAAGAAGGUGAAGAAGAAGGCCGCCAAGGGGAGUCCGAAGAAGAAGCCAACAACAACGCAGGAUAAAAUUCAGGAACUCUUGACGAAGAAACAAACCACCGUGCAAACGCCAACAGUUCACACGAAUGGCAUGAAGAUUCACGGGGGACCACCACCGAAGGAUGCCAUUGAGCGUGCGUGCACAAUGAAGGAUGAAUUGUUGGAGAAGAUUGAGAAGUUGGGCGAUAAAUUGCCCCCGAAUACGCUGGAUCAGCUGAUUGAUGAACUCGGAGGGCCGGAGAAUGUGGCCGAAAUGACGGGCAGAAAGGGGCGUGUUGUGCAAACGGAAGAUGGACAGAUUCAGUAUGAAUCCCGCUCAGAGCAGGAUGUUCCGCUAGAGACGCUCAAUUUAACGGAGAAGCAGCGUUUUAUGAAUGGGGAGAAGGAUGUGGCAAUAAUCUCCGAGGCUGCCUCAUCGGGUAUUUCCCUGCAGAGUGAUCGUCGUGUACGCAAUCAACGGCGGCGCGUGCACAUCACGCUGGAACUUCCGUGGUCAGCUGAUCGGGCAAUUCAACAAUUUGGACGGACACAUCGGUCAAAUCAGGUCAAUGCCCCCGAAUACAUCUUCCUCAUUUCCGAUCUUGCGGGUGAGCGUCGUUUUGCCUCAACUGUGGCCAAGCGUCUGGAGUCCCUGGGCGCCCUAACGCAUGGGGAUCGUCGUGCCACGGAAACGAGGGAUUUGUCUCAAUUCAACAUUGACAACAAAUACGGACGGAGUGCCCUUGAGGCCGUCAUGAAGACCAUCAUGGGCUACGAGCAACCCGUUGUUCCACCCCCAGCUGACUACAAAGGGGACUUCUUCAAGGACAUUGCCGGAGCUCUCGUUGGUGUGGGGCUCAUUGUCAACAGCGAAGCAAUGCCGGGGAUUCUCAGCUUGGACAAGGACUACAAUAACAUCUCCAAAUUCCUCAAUAGAAUCCUCGGGAUGCCCGUUGAGUUACAAAAUCGUCUCUUCAAGUACUUUACGGACACACUCACGGCAAUUAUAACGCAAGCCAAGAAAUUGGGAAGAUUUGAUUUGGGAAUUCUUGACUUGGGAGCUGCUGGGGAGAAUGUAACACGAAUAAAAUUAACAAGAUUCAUCCGGAAACACGCAACAGGAGUUGCACCCACCGAAUUGCACACAGUUCAUGUUGAGCGUGGCAUGAUCUGGCAAGAGGCUAUUGAUAAAUGGGCAGAUUUGGCCAGUGAGAAGGAGGGCUUCUACUUGUCACAGCAAGUCCGGAAUGGGAAGCAAACGGCAAUACUUGUGUGCUUUGUGGAGGAUGGUGUGAAGAAGAAGAAGGAGGAGAAGAAGAAGAAGGAUAUUCAGUGUCAAAUCUACAGACCCAAUACGGGAUUGCAAUUCAGGCAGGAAACUCUGGCGGAGAUUGAGAAGAAAUACAAGAAGGCCAGCAGUGAGGAUGCUGAGCAGCAUUGGGUGCAGCAGUACGAUGCAUCCGUCAAUACGUGCUCUCAUGCAUACUGGCGAGGAAAUUGCCGGAAUGUCUCAAUGGGGCAGGAUUGUGAGGUGGGUCUUCGUCGUCGUACGUACACCGUCCUUGCGGGAUCAGUUCUUGCCGUGUGGUCACGCGUUGAGAAUGUCCUGGCGGCACGAACUGGUGCCAAUAACAAAAUGCAAGUGAUCCGGAUGAAGACAAAGGAGGGUCAGAAGAUUGUUGGUACGCUCAUUCCCAAGAAUUGUGUCGAUAUGCUCGUGGAGGAUUUGAAGAGAGAUGCAGAGAAGGUGGAGGAGCAAUCUUUUCAAAAUUAAUGAAAAUUAUUUAAAAGAAAAAAAAAACACAAAACUUUCUCUCGAUGUUAAGUGUUGAUCCUUAAAAAAAAUACCAAAAAAUUGUUUUUUUCGUUCUCAAGACUUUACACAAGAAGAAAAAAAAUUAAGUAAAAAGAUUUCGGCUAAAAAAAAGGUUAAUCGAGAGAUUGAGGCAAGGACUUGACUAUUUGUUCACUAUAUAGAUAUAUAUAUAUUUUAAGGAUUUGAAAUAAAAUAAAAACACUGAAAAAAUACAUUAAUCCAAUUUUAAGGGGGUUACAAAAGAAAGAAAUAAAAUUAGAAUUUCUAUUAGGAGGAAUUUAAGAGAAGCAAUUUCAAUUGCGCUAACUUAUAGAUCCACACAAUAUAGUUUUUAGUUAAUUCUACAAUUUAAUAAAAGAAGAGAAAUAAAUUAGAUAUUAUAUUGAUCAAUAAAAUGAAAACUCCAUGAUGAAGGCAAAAAAAAAGAAAACAAAAAGUGUGUCAACGCAAAACUUUUUUUUUUGAUAAUUUAUUUUAAUUAUAUUAGUUAAGUUACACAUCCCGUAUUUUAUAAUGAAAAAAAAACUUACUGUAUAAGAGAAUAAGAAAAGGAAAAACAUUCUUAAACAUUUCUUGCUACCUACAUGGAUAAACUUUAUGAAAUAUCAGCAAUUAUGUGUCUAGAUGUAAUGCAGUUAAUGCAAAUUUAGAGAUAAAAUAUAAAUGAAUAAAGUCUGUGAGAUGGACAACUCUAAA